AUGCCACAGGACCUUCCACAUAUGAAUUUCCGAUCCUUCGUCGAAGCUCUCAAAGAUGAUGGCGAUCUCGUAGAAAUCAACAAGGAGAUCAACCCAUACCUCGAAGCCGGCGCCAUUAUCCGCAAAGUGUGCGAGACAGACGACAAAGCACCUCUAUUCAACAACCUCAAAGGAGCGAAGAACGGACUGUUCCGGAUCCUCGGCGCUCCCGGGUCGCUACGGAGAGACAAAUCGCAGAAGUACGGCCGCCUCGCUCGGCACCUUGCGCUAGAGCCUACGUCCAGCAUGAAGCAAAUAAUGGACAAGAUGCUGUCGGCGAAAGGCGUAGCACCAAUCCCGCCCAACAUCGUGCAGACCGGAAGCUGCAAGGAGAAUAUCUUGAGGGAAGGAGAGUUUGACCUUACGACAAUGCCGGUCCCGAAGUUGCAUCAGGCUGAUGGUGGAGCAAAGGAUCGGGGCAAGUACAUCCAGACCUACGGAAUGCAUGUGGUGCAGUCCCCAGACGGCAAGUGGACCAAUUGGUCGAUUGCAAGGGCCAUGGUCGACGACAAGAAUCAUCUGGUUGGUCUGGUCAUGAGUCCCCAGCAUAUAUGGCAGAUUCAGCAGAUGUGGAAGAAGGAGGGGAAAGACGUGCCUUGGUCCCUGGCGCUUGGGGUCCCUCCGGCGGCAAUCAUGGCGGCGAGCAUGCCACUUCCCGAUGGGUGCACAGAAGCUGGAUAUGUUGGCGCCAUGACUGGACAGGCAUUGGACGUUGUGAAGUGCGAGACGAAUGAUCUCUAUGUCCCCGCGAACUCGGAGAUUGUUCUUGAGGGCACUUUGUCCAUUAGUGAGACAGGCCCAGAGGGUCCAUUCGGGGAAAUGCAUGGAUAUGUCUUCCCUGCCGACACCCAUCCAUGGCCGAGAUAUGAAGUCAACACUAUCACGCACCGUAACGAUGCUAUAUUGCCGGUUUCAUGCUGUGGUCGCCUAACCGACGAAACGCACACCUUGAUUGGUUCCCUAGCAGCAGCAGAAAUUCGACAGGUUCUCCAAGAUGCCGGCCUCCCUAUCAAAGAAACUUUCGCACCAUUCGAGUCCCAGGUUACAUGGGUAGCAAUCCAAGUAGACACCGAAAAGCUCCGGGCGAUGAAGACCAACUCGGCAGACUUCUGCAAAAAGAUCGGCGAUCUCGUUUUCAGCCACAAAGUCGGCUACACAAUUCACCGUCUCGUCGUUGUCGGCGACGACAUUGAUGUGUACGACUUUAAAGAUGUGAUGUGGGCGUUUACUACCCGCUGCAGACCGAAAGAUGACGAGUACUUUUACUCCGAUUGUCUUGGAUUUGCUCUUAUACCAUACAUGAGUCACGGGGCCUUUGCUCCGGCAAAGGGCGGGAAGGUUGUGAGUGACGCGCUUCUACCAGUUGAAUACACCACAGGACAGAAUUGGGAAGCGGCCGACUAUAGGAACUCCUAUCCGAGAGAGCUGCAGAAGAAAGUAGACGACGAUUGGGAAAAUAUGGGGUUCAGGAACAGUUCGUAG